AUCUAAAAUUUUAUUUUGUGCUACAUGAAUUUAUCCAUAUUUAAAUGAAAAAUUUGAUCUCCUGAUAAAAGUGAAGUGACAAGAGAAAACAUGAACAAGCAUAUAAAUGUUGGAACAUAUCUCACAAAGUUCUGCAUCAUUUAAUUCUUCAUUUUAAGUUGCCAAGUUUUUAAAAGUUAAAGAGAAUAAUGUCUAUAAUUAAAGAGAUAAUGUUCUCUCAAAAAGCAACUUACAUUUAUUUGAUCUCCUUUCUGGUAGUCUACAGAUUAAAACAGUAGAAUGGAAAAUCCAUGCAAAAAUUUUACAUUUAGUAAACUGCAAUCACCCGUCACUACACAGUGGCUGCAUGAAAACUAUGAAAUGUUAGAGGGGGUAUCUUUACCACGUAUAGCUCUUUACACUCAUUAUUUAGACUUUUGUAACAGUACUAAUGUCACACCAGUUAAUGCAGCUAGUUUUGGAAAGAUAAUCAGAAGUACAUUUCCUGAGUUAAAAACACGACGACUGGGUACACGUGGAAAAUCCAAGUAUCAUUAUUUUGGAAUAUGCGUUAAAAAAACAUCUGUAUAUUAUGAUCAAACCAUUUCAUUCAAUCAUUUAAAGGUUCAAUCUACUCUAACAGAAACAUCAAAAAAAAAUGAUUCAAAGUCGGACAUAAUUGAACCAUCAAGAGACCAUGAAAAUCUUUUAUUAUCCAAUGGAGCUUUGUUGCCACCAUUUCCAUCUUUUGAUUCAGUAAUUGUUGAAGACGAUUCCACUCUUGAUAAGGUAAAAACUCUUCUGAUCAUGUACAGAGCUCACUGUCAAAGAAUUUUGGAUACAAUAUUCAGAGCUAAUUUUGGAGAGGUACAGAAUUUUUUGAUCCAUUUUUGGCACGGAAUGCCGUCGCAUAUUGCUGUUGUUCUAUCUAAUAAAAAUGUGAUUGAACUGAUCAAAUGCUGCGAUGUCAUUCUUUACAAGGCAGUAAGCAGUGUGUUAAUUCCAACAAGUUUGCAGCCAUUGCCAUCCAGUCUCAGUCAAGCGAUACAACAUUUUGCUAAACAGUUACCAAUAUAUUUAGAAAUGGCGCUGUACCAUCUCCCUCACGAUCUCCAAAUUAAAAAAAUAUCCGUUGCAAAUAUCUUUACACAAUCUCUACUUCGUCAGACAUCUCUUUCUCAUCUGGCGCAAGCUUCAAAAACCGUCCUCCACAACAACGAACAUCUUUCCCAAAUGAUUGCUGAUAUCCGAACAAUAAAAAGCGACGAUAUUUGUAAAUAUGUUGUAUUUAUUUCUCGAGAGAAAGUGGAAAGAGACGUCAGAAUUGUCGAAAAAUUGUUUAGUGAAUUUGACAAUUUAUUUGAAAGACAAGCUACAAUAGAAGAGUAUACUUUCUGGAUCUCAUCAGUUGUGUCAAGAUACGUCACUAAACCAAGUGAGAGUGUUGCAAAAUUUCAAUCACUUGCACAAGAAUUUCUUUUAAAAUGGACAUACGUUACAUCUAAAAUUAUUCAAGAGUUAACCUUAAGAAGUGCAAAGAGUUUCGGUUCAUUUCACUUGGUUCUAAUGUUUUUCAACGAUUACAUAUUUUACUUGAUUGAAUCGCAUACUGAUAUUAAUGAAGUGAGAAAUAUGAAGAAAUACAGUCAAUCGCAACAUAGCAUGCAAAAUAACAACAAUAUCUCGCCUUAUUCUCGAUUACGACAUUCUUUAGUUUUACAAAGAAGCCCUUUACUGCUUGGUAAUACCUCAAGCUAUUCAAUUCCUUGUUCUGAAUCCUAUCAACAGUUUAUAUUUGAAGAACCUAAUAGAUAUAACGAUAUUAACUUUGAGGAAAACUCGUACCUAGACUUUGAUUACUGUAAUGAUUCAAUAAAUAUGCCAGAUAGCAACCAAUCAGACCAACACUACGCAGAUAGCAACCAAUCAGAUCAACACUACGCAGCCUUAAAAAUCGCACAAGAUUUGCAGGAAAAAACUAAAUCUCUAUUUGGCAUUUCUAGCAAGUUAAUUCCUAGAAUAGAAUUUUAUAGUUGACAUGUUUAAAUGAAUUAGUCACAUCUCGAUAUUAAAAUCAUAUAAAAACCGGAACACAUUAAGUGGAUUGAAAUGUAACAAACGUUUUUUAUACAAAAAAGUGAAGUGUAACGGAGCAUGCAAACUUAUUGCUCAACAUCAAUAUUGAAUAUUGCGCAAUAAAACUUAUUGUUAUAAUAAAUAUUUUAAUAAUGCGAAAUUUAGUAAAAUAUUUUAUAUAGGUUAUAAUAUUUCAUUAUUAAAUGUAUAAUUUUUACGAGAAUUUUUUAAUAAAGUUUU